GGGUACUCACAAAGGGCGAUUGAGACGUCUGCAAGAAAUAUAUCCAUUGGUGAUGUUAAAACAAAAGCUAUUUCGGUUUAAAAAAAUGCGCUUUAUCUGCACAAUUGAUACUUGUUAAAACCUGCUUGCAGCUUCUCAAAAGUUCCCAUUAUUUAGGCUUUAGCGCGGCGACCAGGGGUGCAAAUUUUAGUGCUUCCUUACGCGUAACUUUUGUCUUGAGCCGGCCCUGUUGAAAAUAGACCGGAAGGGGAAAUAAAAUCGCGAUUUCUCAUAUACCGCUUUUCAGAAUUCUGCGAAUUUUAAAAUUUUGGUAUGCGCACAUAGGUUUUUGGAGUCAAGGAGCACAGUGAAACGGAAAAAAAUGAGACCGGAGAUGGUAGAAACGUGAUUUCUCAGAAUAUGGCCGAAAUGGCGCCAAAUAUUUGAAUUGUUCUACCUUUUUCCAGAAUGCAAUGACAUUAAACUUCAUGUUUCGUAUACUACUUUUCUCAUGUGUGGACCUACCGACAGACGUCCCACAGAAGCCGCCAUCUUCAACACUUGGCUUCCGGUGACGUUCUAGUACUUUCAAUCGCACUCUUCGACUUCAGAAACCUACGUCCACACAUUGGAUUCGCUAAUGCUAACGAGCAUUAUGAGAAAAGUAGUAACACUUCGAAAUUUUGGCGCCAUUUGGGCUUAACUAUGAAAAAUUGCUGUUUUCUACUUCAGUUCACAUUUUUGACACUUCCAUAAUUGUGUUGCUUGACUCCAAAAACCAACGCCAACAUAAUAAGAAACUUGAAUGUAAGUGCAUUCUGGAAAAGUUAGGACAAUUCAAAUAUUUGGCGCCAUUUUGGUCGAAAUAUGAAUAUGAGCCAUGCCAUAAUCUUAAAAUUCAGAGUAUUCUGAAAAAAGGUAGAAAAAUAGGAAUUUUUAGCACCAUUUUGGCCCAAAUGUGAGGAACCACGGUUUUUGACUUCUGGCCUCAUUUUUGACCCUUCAAUCGUGCUCCUUGGCCCCUAAAACGAGGGUCCAGACCCUUGAACUGUCAAAAUGUAAAGACGCAAAUACUGAAUAUCUCCCUUCCGGUCCAUUUUCAGACCUGGCAACAAGCAGAAUCGGGUUCAGCUGGAUCGAAAUAGGGGAAAACCACUUGUAACUCAAUUGUUACACGAAGCAUUUGGACUUUCUCAAAAGUAGACCUAACUAUUGUGCUGAACAGCUAAUAUUUUUUGCGGAUUGAAGUAUACGGAACCCAAUAUAAAGUCACUUUAAUGAAAUGGAGAGGUUUUUGUGCCGAACUCGCCGAGCGCCACCCUAAAUGUCUUUAUCCACUCUUGUCACUACACCACGAACCUCCGCUACAAUUUAAUCCUGGAAUAUUCUUUAGAAAAUCAAAUAAUUACUUCUUGAAUAUUCACUUUAUUCUAAGUAUUUUUAAAACAUUCCUGGGAGAUUCUAGAUAUAUAUUCAUUUAGGGGUUGUAAUAAUAUUUAUAGAAUAUCUUGACGAUUGAUUCGCGAAUGCGCACACUGUGCAAUGUCAACUUUCUUAUUAGAGAUAUUUUUUUAACCAAAGAUUCUUCUACUAAAGGCAAGCAUAUCGCAUAUUUUGAACAUCAGGUAUGCGCAUGCGCAGACUGCGCAAGUGUUAAAUUUACACAUUUACAUAUAAACAGUUCGUUAUAUGACCUCUCAGGAAGUACUGAUCAAUUAAACUGGACACUUUUUUUCAUUUUUUGCUAUUGGACCAUAAAAAAAUCGCUCUCUGCUGAAGGAAGUAGAGUGGCAAAUUUCUCUCCAUCUAGUGCACCAUGUACGACCUUUUGGCAAGAUUUACCAAUGAAUCAGACAUGCCUUAUGUGCAACUAGUGGUUUAUUUGUUCCAAUAACACAUGAGUAGCGCAACACAGACACCAGCCCUUAUGUCUAUGAUGGGAUUAGUGCCCAUCUUCUGAGUGGAUUCCCAAACUUAACGAAGUUAGCCUGCUCCGAUAUGGCCCUAAUCAAAUUUGUCCAUCUGCGAAACUCCUAACAAAGAGAGCGAAACGUAACGCAAUUCCAGCGUUAUUGAUUUAACAAAGACCUUCCUAAACUUCGACGUUCCCAGAACGAAAAUUUGCAAUUCUAACAAGGUCGCAUUCUCAGAUUUCAAUCGAAUGACACAAGUCCGAAAUUACAUUAAGGGAUGUAAUUAAAGAGCGCCUCGUAAAUUAUAAAUGUUAAGGUCAGCGUACAGUUUGAUGUCAAAAUCGAUAGUUCGUGAAUUUCUAACGUGGGGUCUUAGAAAAAAUAUCAGCAAUUUCGGAUAAAAACGCAUCUCGUCGUCCUGGAGACGUUACGUUACAACAAACUGUCGGCCAAUCGCAACGGCGUUCUCAAGAAGACGCGAUUUUACGAAAGUUGCGAUAUCAGAAGUUUAAAAACCUACCGGGGUGAAAGAGGUGCAUGAUGGAGACGUGCGAAGCGAGGAUAAUUAAGUACAUUUUGUUCAUUUUCAAUUUAAUUUUCGCGAUUUCAGGGAUCGCUCUGAUAGUGGCAGGAGCGGUUGUGUUGUCGGAUGUGGGGGAGUUCAAUCACUUCAUGGAGGGAAGAAUUUUGGCGCCUCCAGUUGUUUUGAUUAUAGUAGGAGCGAUCGUCUUCAUUGUGGCGUUCUUGGGAUGUUUUGGAGCGAUUCGAGAAUCUUACUAUCUACUCAUGGCCUUUGCACUCUGCCUGUUGGUGAUCUUCAUAAUCGAACUGGCAGUUGGAAUCGCCGCCGCCGUUUACAAGAGUGACUUUGAAGAAGUGCUGAAGGAUACGCUCAAGUCCUCAAUGGACAACUACUACAGCAGCAAGUCAGAUCGGCUUGCUUGGGAUAAUAUGCAAGUCAAGUUGGAGUGUUGUGGCGUCGAAGCGCCUACGGAUUGGCCAGAUAAACAGCGCCCCUUCAGUUGCUGCCACAAAACGGAGCGGACUGAUGCGAAACCGCCCGAAAGCUUCCACUGCGUGCAGGCCGAACCGGGGGAUGACAUCUUAUACUCAGUUGGAUGUUUCGAUAGGCUGCAGAUGAAGGCGGACUCCAGCGCAAAGAUACUCAUCGGGGUCGGCAUUGGCAUAGCAUUCGUUGAGAUCAUCGGAAUAAUUCUGGCAUGUUGGUUAGCAUCGGCUAUCAAAGACCGAGACUCAAAGAAGUAAAGAGCACAACAACUCAAAAACAUAAUCAUCUCAACAAAUUUCCAACGCAAUUCUCUCUAGAUAGUAGAGUAGGUACCAGGUCAUGCGCAGUAUUUAUUGAUCACUCAUGAACAAUCUUGGUGUAAUCUUCCAUUGUUCAGUCUAUAGAUGUUGCAAUGUAUCAAAUUUUACUUCAUCGUUAACGUUUUUUAAUUAAUAAAACAUUCACAAGUACCUACACAA